AUGGUCAGUAUUCCAGUUUGGAGGGUAGAGGGGCUCGCUGUACCAGAUCAAGAUGGUCAGUAUUCCAGCAUGGAGGAGAGAGGGGCUCACAAGCCUCUGCCACUCGCCAAGAAGGUGUUAGCUGUUGGUGGCUUCUGGGGAAGGCGAAUCUGGAGGUACGUGCAGGCAAGUAGCAGCCUUCUCACAGAGGAACUCCAACUGGAAAUGGAGUUGGCCUACACUAGAGCUGUCCCAAAGGUGAAGAAACGUGUCAGUGGCUGCUAUGCAGCAGGUGCAGACUGCUUUCUCGCUGCGUCUUGACUCCACACACGCAACGACUGGCCAAGGCAGUGGCUGGCCCUGGAUUACACAAGUGCAGACUCUCCACUAAGUGAGCUGGAAGACCCAGGAGAAGGCCGGGCCUCAGGCGCCCACAUGAUCAGCACAGCCAGGGUACCUGCAGACAAGCCAGUGCGCAUCGCGUUCAGCCUCAGUGAUGCCCCAGACGAUACACCAUCCGAAGAUACCAUUCCUUUGGUCUUCCCAGAGCUAGAGCAGCAGCUCCAGCCUCUGCCGCCAUGUCACGACUCCGUAGAAUCCAUGCAGGUGUUUAAACAGCACUGCCAAAUAGCAGAGGAGUACCAUGAGGUCAAAAAAGAGAUCGCCUUGCUCGAGGAAAGGAAAAAGGAGCUCAUUGCCAAGCUGGACCAGGCAGAGAAGGAGAAGCUGGACGCUGCUCAGCUGGUCCGGGAAUUUGAGGCUCUGACCGAAGAGAACCGGACACUGAAGAUGGCCCAGUCUCAAUGUGUAGAACAACUGGAAAAACUCCGCAUCCAGUAUCAGAAGAGGCAAGGGUCCUCCUAACAUCAGUCGGUGAAAUGUGAGCAUACGAGGUUGCUGGCUGCUUUGCCCUGGCCAACAAGAUUUGUAUCUUAAAGGGGACAGAGAGUAAAAUCUACUGCUUCUCUUUAUUACCCACAUGGCAAAUGUCUAGAAUGAGUUUAGUGCUGCCUAGCUUCCAGCUUGAAAGAGGGAUAUUUUAUUUUAA